UUACUGGUCCACAGCUCCUCCACCACCUUGCAGACGGUUUUGUUGUUGAUGAGAGAGCCUGCUGCCGGUUUUCGCUGCCCCAGCUUGAGCACCGUGCCGUUUCGACUUCUUCCCCAUACCGCCUGUGCGCUCCGUAAAGUAUACGAAACUAGCAAGCUGGGAAGUGGGGCCUGUGCCUUGCGGAACGAAGCUCCGAUUUGUUUCUAUUUAAAGCACACCGUACAAAUUAACACGUGGUGUCCGGGCCUGGAGUGUGUCGAAAGGAAGAGGUUUAUGGAGAGCGUAAACGGUAGGAGAACUGGGUCUGUUCUGGUGCUGCAACGAGUCGGUGCGUGUGUGUGUGUGUGCGUGUGUAGUGGGUGCUGAGGUGGUGUUGGGAGGGUGUGGGCAGUGGAUGGUUUCCACGGGGACCCAGACUGGAGAGGAGACGAGUCAGGUCCAGAUCUCUGUCCCAUUACAACAGUUUCUGCAGCGAAUAGAGUCAUUCAAGACUCUGAAGAGACAGCAGGUCGAUGCAGCCAACAGACUAGAGUUCUACUCCACAAACCGUGACUCCAAGAGAGAAGGUGACGGAGAGACGUGUGCCCGAACUGACCUCGUGUAUGUCCGGAGAACACCGAGUGCACUGAGCCAUAUCACUGUCCAACGAAUCCAGAACAGCGGGGGCCCGACGCCACCUCCCCUCUCUCCACUGGACCAGCUGAAGCAGGACCUGAGCCCCUCAACCCAGUGGCACGCCCAGAGUGUAAAGGUCAAAAGUGGCGGGCUCCUCCACCUGCCUGAGAGGUUGACGAACCUGGAGCACUGCAUGGACCUCUAUUCCGGCGGAACCACUCCCAAAGACCUGAUUCAGAGAGUUCAGAACUUGGAACAGAGGCUACUCCAAUUGGAGAGCAUCUCACCAGAGUACAGUGUGGUGAGAUAGGACAGCAGUUGUAUAUAACUGCAGCUCAUGACCCCACAACCAAAGCAGAUCCUGAUUCCUGAGUCCCUAUGAAAAUCUUUCCUGCUGCACAUUUCAAUUCAUCAUCAACCAGUCAUCAUUUUAUCUCAGCAAAAGACAGCACCUGUAUCACUUUCAUAAAUUAUAAACAGAACACACUCAACACACAACUGGUGCAUGCACAAUACACAUAAAUAUAUAUAUAUACUCCUGUGUUUGAAUGAGUGAUAUAAUAGAUCAGAAUAAGGUUUCGUUUUGGGAUGAAUAAAAAUAUCUGAUUGGUCAGGAAAAGUCGUAGUUUUAGACAACCUCCCAGGAAUUGUCAAGGCCACUCUCGAAGCGGUGCAUCAGGAACUCGGAGUCCUGGGCCACGGUCAACGUCCUGCACUGCUGUUUGAGAAUGCACCCCUUGGAGUCCAGCCCCAGCAGCACACCACUGUGCCCGAUGGAAAUCUGGACAAAGUUCCCCGGGAGUUGCCGCCAGUAGUUGCCGUGGACGUUGCUCUCGGUGAUUCCGUAGCGACACAGUAGGUUCCCCGAGGGGGUCAGGGCGUACACCUUCCUUCCGUGAGCACACAGCUGCUUUAACGGUUGUCCUGGUACAACGUCCCAUGCUGUACCGACGGGGAAAUCUGGAGUGACCCCCGUACGGGCGUAGGAGUUGCAGUUCUCGUCGAUGGCCCAGACGAGCCAGUCGUUGUUGCUGACUGUGAUCUGCUGGAGAGGGUGCGAGAGGUCGUCUACUGGCACCCAGGCUGGGGACAUCCCCGUCCCCGGCUCCCUGGAGUGUACUCCGAAGCGAAAGUGGGGUACUCCAGAGCCGUCCACGGCCCAGACGGCACGUUUCCCGCAGACUAUGUGUUUGAGUUUCCUCUGGUGAAGCAGAGGGCUCAGUUCGAUGUAGUCCCACGAGAUACCCUCCGGGAGAGCUGCCGUCAUCCCCUGCCGAGACCACAGCUGGUUGUUAGCGAUGACCCAGAGCGCCGUGGAGGACACUGUCAUCAUCUGGACUGUCGAGGCACACUCGAUGCGGACAAACUUGUCCUGGGGGGUGACGCAGUAGAGCUCUCCGUCGUCCCUCACCACCCACAGCCCCGUGCUCCCGCUCCCGAACAUCGUCCAGGUGGUGAGCUGAAACACGCCGUCCUUGGAAGCGGAGCUGUAGUGGUAGCCGGUGGUGGAGCGCCAGCAGGCGUGGAGCUUGCUCCCACUCUCCAGGACACAGACGCCGGCCUUGGUGAUGCGGAGACGGCGAGGAGCUUGUGGUGUCCGGGGAGGUGGGUGUGGAUGAGAGAGGAGACAGAGGACAGGAACUGUGAUCCCUCGGAGGUCAUGACCUGCCAGAGGGAGUUGAAGGGGAGGGAGCUGUGGGAGAGAGUCGUGCUGACCGUCACCUCCCACCAGGGGUUCUUCCCCGUUGGCUGAACCCGACUCAGUCCGCCACGGAACCCCAUUUUCCCCUCGCCGUCGAUAAUCCAUGCGAUAUUACCCUGAGUCAUGCAGACUGCUUCCAGUUGCGGGGCCUUCAUUUCUGUCCAUUUCUUUCCACUGGGGUUUUGCUCUGUCACUCCUUCCCUGCAGAACAGGUGGCCGGAGGCGUUUGUGGCCCACACCACUCCAGAAGACGCCGCCACUGACGUGAAGCCAGCAGCUCGCCCGACAUCCACCCAAACCCUCCCCUGCGGUGUCCUCGCCGAGACCCCCUUCCGGAAUAUUAUCUGGCCGUCGGUUUUCACCGCCCAGAUCCCCUCCUCGUCUGCACACACGCACUUGACCUUCUGCAUGAGACUUGUCCCUUUUGUAAUGUUCAUCCACACGUUUCCCAGCUUGUUGAGUUCGCUCACCCCCUGGCGCACGUAGGCGUUCUGUCGGUACGUCCCCCACACAACGCUCCCGGAUGCCGAGGAUGAGAUCUGCUGCAUCUGGUGCUUGAUGAGCUCCCACUUCUUCCCCUUGGUGUUGAUCUCCGUGCAGUAGACCAGGUUUCGAGAGUCCACCAGCCACAGGAGGUGGUCAGAGAGACAGAUGCUCUGCACCUGCCCCCGACAGGGGUGAGGGACCGUCACCCAUAUGUCUGCGUCCGGAUCGGGCGACGAUUCUCUCGUUGUCGCUGCCGACUCCUCCAGCUGUUGUGCCUGGUCCCGAUCGGCGACGAGGCUGUCAAACGGAUAGCGCGAGACGCUGGGUGAGAGAGGGCUCGGGGAUUUGAUGGUCGACAGUGCGGGGCUUGGUCGUCUCUCCUCGACUGCCGUAGCACACAAACUAAACUGCUCUGACUUCCGCUCCACCUGUUCACCCUCAUUCUCGUCCCCCGAGAAAUCCGAUCCGCUAUCGUCCUCCAUAGGAGGUUGUCGGCUCUCCUGAAAGUGGAGCGACGAGGAAAGGCUCUGAGAAGGUAAACUUGCAGCUGUGGGCUUGCUGCGCGAUGCCUGGAGUGUGUUACUGGAGGACGAAUGGUAGGAAGAGCUGAGGUCGACAGGGGAGUUGCUCACCUCAAAAGGUGAGGCUGAGGGAGUGAACAAUCGUUCGGAGCGAGGCCGAGGAACCUGGAGGGAGCCGUCCCAGCUGAGAUCGCUUACGGCGGGUGACACUCCCAGAGAAGGUACCCCCUUUGUUCUCAUGUGCUUUGCUGCAAAUGCAGCCGAGGAAGAGGAGGACCGUGGAGGAGUGGGGACUGCACUGGAUCCUCUCGAGGAGCUCUGCGGCUUGGCCGAGGAGCCUCGCCGAGAUCGUUGCUGGCUGGACUCGGUGUCCGUGGUGAAGUCACUCGUGUCAUCGCCAUAGAGUGGAUUGUCUGAGAGUUCGAGGGGCACCUCGUCUCCCGAGGCAAACUGGCGGGGUCCGUCGGAACUCCCACACACUUUCUCAACCUGUUUCAUCCCUGCAGAGCUGUGGCGCAUUUUAGAAGGUUUGAAGUAUCCAUUAUCGUCAUCGUUCAGCUGUGAAAGUGGGUCGGUGCCAAAGGUUACUUCGACGCUGCUGACCAGAUGGCUCUUCUCCCUGGGUCCAGGUGACAGGGGGCUCUGUAGUGGCUCCCUGGGGACCUCCUCUUUCUCUCUAUUGUCCCAAAGCUCCUCAGCCUCUCCUCUACCAGUGUCGGUGGGGCUGUCAGCAGCGGAAGUUUCUGGAAUCCCGAAAAUAAGUUCUGCAGACGUGGAAGUUAGGGGCGGUGCUGUUUCAUCUCCCUCGGGAAAAGAGACAUCUGCUGACAGAGCAUUUGGAGUCUCUGCCACUUUGUCGACCAUAUUUUGUGUGCUGUCGGGCUCAAACAUGUCAGUGUAAGAGCACUCCUGGGUGGCUUGUAGGGGAGGUUCGAUGUGACUUGUGGUGUGUUCUGGCUGCAACUUGCUGAGCGAGGACACCGGUAGCUCCUCUUUCUCAAUCACGGCUGAGAGCUUCCUUGUCUCAAU